CCUGGACCCCGGGCGGCCUCACAGAGUCACUCGUCCUUGGCGCCAUGCCCAGGUGCGCACAGCCGCCCCUUGCCCCGGCAGACGCCCUCCGCGCUCGCACAUCCGCGCGCCGCCGACACCCCUCGGAGCUCCCGGAGCGCGCCCCGCUCUCAGGGAUCGGCAGCAGGUGCCUCGCCGCGCAGACUCGCCGGGCGCGGGGACCGGCUCGGGCGCGGGGCCGGCUGGGGCGGGGCAGCGGCGCGCGUUCCCCGCCGGCCACACGGGCCGCCCUGCGCCCGGCGAGGGGCGUGUGCACCGGCUGGGGACCCGCGGGCCCCAUGUUCACGGAGCUGAGGACCAAGCCGAGCCCCCCGCGAGGCCGCGCCGGGGCUGUGCGCGCCGGCUUCGGGGAGCGUCGGGAUGUGGACGCCACUGCCCACUUCAGCUUCUGCCGGACCCUCCUGGAGCACACGGUGUCGGCCGAGAGCAUCCCCUGCCCCCUGCCUCGGACCCCGGGCACCAGCCUCACGUGGCACGACUCCCGCAGCCAGAGGGCAGCUGGCAGCCGGCAGGUCAAGCUCCUUCAGCAGCCCGGCACCGAGGCCCCCCAGGGCCGGCUGUACUCUGACCACGAUGGCCUGUACCACACAAGCCCCUCCCUGGGUGGCCUGACGAGGCCCGUGGUCCUGUGGAGUCAGCAGGACGUCUGCAAGUGGCUCAAGAAGCACUGUCCCCACAACUACCUCGUCUACGUGGAGGCCUUCUCCCAGCACGCCAUCACCGGCCGGGCACUGCUGCGGCUGAACGCGGAGAAGCUGCAACGGAUGGGGCUGGCGCAGGAGGCGCAGCGGCAGGAGGUGCUGCAGCAGCUGCUGCGCCUGCAGGUGCGCGAGGAGGGGCGGAGCCUGCAGCUGCUCAGCCAAGCUUCCUUCGGAAACAUGUCCUAGCUGCUGCCUAGGCUUGAACGCCGGACCUCAGCACUGUGACCGGAGCCCCUGACGAGCACGAGGCAGAGCUGGCCGUGCAGCCCCUCUCAGACCCCGCGUGACGCCCCAGGGGCCAAGCCCAGCCCCAUGGACAGGUGGGACGAGCGUCGCCACCUCCAGCCACCUCUGGUUGUGCACUCCGGGCAGUGCCUGGGAGUGGGCGGGCGGGCAGGCAGGGGCUGCUUGAGUGGGGCCCUUCCUCCCAGGACCUGAGCCCAGGCCCACCCCCUGGCGCUGCUGGCAGCAUGCAGGGCAGCCACCUGGGGCCAGAGCCGGUUUGGACACCCCCAGCCUCCCAAGGAGUCUGUUUAUUUAUGUUCCCUUCGCCGGCACCCUCCAUCGCCUGCUGAGUCACGCGUCUUCUAGGCACCCUGCCCUCGCCCAGGGCCAGAGGUCUGCCCCCUCGCCCCGUUUACGCCCUCCCCCAGCCCCUAGAGGACUGCCACACAGGUGGGGUAAACUGCCAAGGCUCCCUUUGGUGUGUGGCCCUCCCCGUCCUUGCCCAGAGAACGGUCAUUGGCCCAGCCCAGCCCGCCACCGUGCCAAGGGCUCUCACUCAUUUUUGAAACCCUUACCACGCCCCCAUCUACUCACGGGGACUGGGACACACGCCCAAGGCCUGACCCCAGGAGGACCCCACGCCCAGUGCCAGGCUCACCUGUGUCCUGGCCUUAGGUUGGGGGACGGCUCCCUCCUCCCAGGGUCAUGGAGACUGCCUUCCAGGCUUAGUCAUGGGUGGGCGUUCCCGCUGCCCCUUUCCCAGGAGAACCCGGAUCCACACAAGAACUGUUCUGACAGCUGCACCCCCAUGCCCACCCAGUGGAGACCCAGCCAGCACCUGAGCAACCACUCGUGGGCCCAGCAGAGGGAUAGCUAGGGCAGUCCUGGCAGCCCCACCCUCUUGCACCUCUGCCCACUCAACCCCCUGGGGAUUCUGAAAAUCCUGGAGACAGAUGGGGCUGAGCCACCAGAUCCCAAGCCGCGCCCUGUGCCAGCCUCAGGAUGGGAGGUUGGUUGUUGCAGGUCCCAUGUGGAAUUUGAACAACUGGCCUGGUGCCCCCCAUCCCGUGCGCCUCCCCAUGGGAAGCCCCUCAUCCUGCCCGGCUGCCCUGAAUAUCCCUGGCCACCUCAUGCCAUCACGACAUGACCCUUUCCAGGGAGCCCUUCCUGUCUCUCUCCCCUUUUCCCUCCCUGUCUUGGACCCUCAGCCCCGCUGUGUUCCUGUCUCAUCUUCCUUGUUUUGCGCUUUUUUAUAUUCUGACAAAAAAAUCAGAAAUAAAUUUGGUUCUCAAGUGC